UGAUCUGUAGACUUAAUGAGUUUGCUCAAUCAGUUUGAAUCAUAACACGAUAUAGUUUAUAUAUGAGUGAACAUUUCUAAAUACAGUAUCUUGUGAAGAAUUUGAAUAAAUUUUUAUAUUGGCAAAGGACGAAAAGCUAUAAGAUGAGGAACACUUUAUUGGAUGAAAUAAAUGAAAAUGGAUUUAUUAUAAUUGAGGAGUUUUUAACAGUUGAAGAAGUAGAAGAACUUUACAGAGCUGGCCGAGCUCUUUGUAUGGAUGCACCGCAAGCGAAUCGUAAAAUUUUUAGCACUGUUAAUGCCUCCGAUACUCAUAGCAAGGAAACGUAUUUCCUUGAGUCUGGUGAUAAGGUUAGUUACUUUUUCGAAGAAGGUGCUGUUGGUCCAAAUGGUGAAUUGUUAGUUAAUCCAAUGCACGCUUUAAAUAAAGUAGGCCAUGCCUUACAUACAGAACAUCCUACUUUUGAGAAAAUUACAUUUAGUAAUCGCGUGCGCGAAAUUUGUUGGCAGUUGAACUUUAACAGGCCUGCUGUAUGCCAAAGUAUGUAUAUAUACAAAAAUCCUGGAAUUGGAGGAGAGGUGAUACCGCAUCAGGAUUCAUCAUUCAUAUAUACAGAACCGAACUCCACUAUCGGGUUUUGGAUUGCAUUAGAAGAUUGUAAUUUGCAAAACGGUUGCCUGCAAUUUAUAAAGGGGUCUCAUAAGAGUGGCGUACAUCGACGCUACAUACGUAAUAAAGAAAACGACGCAAAUGAGUUGUUAAUAUAUGACAGGUCAGCACCAAUAUAUCCUCAAUCAAGUUUUACCCCAUUAAAAGUAAGCAAAGGUACUUGCAUUGUUAUUCAUGGUAAUGCUGUACACAAAAGUGAACCGAAUCGUUCCCAACAAAGUCGUCAUGCUUAUGCUUUCCAUGUGAUCGAGACUGAAAAUAAUGUGAAAUACUCCCAAGACAAUUGGCUUCAACCUAUCAAAGACAAACCUUUUCCAAUAUUAUUUGAAUGCAAGGAUAAAAAUGAGUGUGAUUAAAACAAUUUUUAUAUAUCUUCAAUGAUAGUAUCAUAAUUCAAAAAUAAAAGUU